AGAAUGGUGUGGUUGGAGCAAAACGGCUAGCCCGCUAAGUUUAGCUGCUUUUCUUGUAUGUAUUUGCAUGAGCUCGAGGUCGGGUUUGUACAGUACUGAAAACAAUGGAGAAACAAAAUCAGUACAAAUCAGUUUGGCAGUAUCGAGACGGCUGGAGAUGACAGAGCUUAGAUUUGAGAAAAGAUAAGGCUAAACUUGUAGCCUAAUAUGUAUGGGGACAGCCAUAGGUGUAGUACCUAGUAAUGACUGCAGAGGAAGUUUCUCAGUCGAAGGGUUUUAAUCUAUAAAAUAAACUUCAGGUUCCGUAAAAAUGAGAAUCUCUGUGCUUUAGCCUCGAAAGCAUGGAAUAUUAAAGUACCGACAAAGAAACGACCUGCAAACUAACGUUCAGAUCUAAGCAGAUGAAAAGAUUACAAUUAAAGAGUGAAGAAAUACAUCCGUAAGAGUUUAAAAUAUUGAAAUCCUCAGUGUCGUUGGAAGGUGUUAAAGUUAAAAGGUUAAGCAUGCAGUGCAAGCAGCUUUGCAGGUUUUAGCAAAAGAUUCAGGAUCAGAAAAGAAAUAAGAGACAACCAGAAACAGGAAUUGCAAUAAUCCUGCUUCAGUUAUCGGUAAUAACAAUUGGAUUGAAACUUUUUGAAAGUUAUGGUCUCCAUCGACUGUGAACAGAACAAUAAAUAUGAAUUAAUAGAGGCAUAUGACCGACUGAAGCAUAUCGCACGUGCGAAGGGACUUACCGCACACAUUUAUUAGAAUUUGUUGAAGGUAGUAAAUAUGGCUGUCUAAUUAGGUGGCCUUGUGACAAAAGGCUUUGGCAAGUUCCAUGAUCUUUCCGGUCUCUGGGCUGUGUUUUUCUGGGUCUCGUUUCAAUUUUCGUCUUCCUGACGGCCGCCAGCAAAUUUCUUCUGUUCACAAUGGCUGGCUUGGGAGUCAGAAUUCCAGGCUGGGAUAUUUCUGGACGAUAGAAAAAACAUUAAAAGCAUUGUGGGUAGGUGAGAAAGGCGUUUCUUUCCCGUCUGGCUGGGAAGCAAUUUAUUCGCUUAACAAGGACGGCCCAAGAAGUCAUCAUAAAUCGAGCAUUGGGAUAUCUCGACAGCCGGGAAAAACGCCGGUGAAGGUACGUCGACGGCAUUAUAUUCAGGUCCCAGUGCCCAUUUUUCUUUCAUUUCUUGAACAUUGUGUUUUCUAUCAGAGUGACGUUGGUGCUUCCAUUGAAGGGUGAAGGGCAUUGUCGAUUGCGUAACUGUGGCGAAAUUUCUACUAUGAAAAUAAACAGCUGGGGUCUACUGGGGGAUAGUCAAAGCUUUGGAUGCGAUUGUCAUGUCGUCAAUUGACGGGAAAUUCUAGAAACCAAAAUUUUAGCAGGGAUCUCUAACGGGUAUUCAGCCCUUUAGGCGACAUCAUUGCCAUGUGACCGCGGAGGACUGUUUGAUUGCCCUUAUCUUUUGCAGAGCACAAUGGUAGAGCAAUCAAGUAUGUAGGAAUGGAGUGGAGAAGAGCUGCUGCGUUCUUAUUGCCGUGCAAUCACUUUUUCCAACGGACAGUUCUAACAACAAUGCGCGAAACAUUUCCGGAAGAAUGAUCAGGUUAGUGCCUACCAUGAGACCGUGUGGCUUAAACCACAGGCUGUCUUGGUGGGUUAUCUUGUUUGUUUCUUCUUGGAUUUUCUCGUUAUUUGGCGUCUCCAAUGCUGCUCAGCAGGACGAGAUAAUUGUUCUGCUCGACUUCAAGAGCGAAAUUUCAGACCCGUUGAAUGUGUUGCAGUCAUGGAUGUCCUCUGAUGCUUCCCCGUGUGGCUGGACUGGUAUAACAUGUGACGCAGAUGGCAAUGUGGAGAAGAUCAUUUUACAGGAUUUCCAUCUCAAUGGUACCAUUUCCCCUGCACUAACCAAGCUGAAGCAAUUAAGGGCACUCUCAUUAUCUAGAAAUGGUUUUACUGGGCAAAUUCCUGUAGAGUUAGCAAAGAUCGGUUCGUUGUGGAAGUUGAAUCUGAGCCACAAUGCGUUUUCUGGACCAGUUCCUCCUGAUUUGGGGAAUUUGUCCAGCCUGCGCAUGCUAGAUUUGUCCGGCAAUUUCCUCAGUGGAGCUAUACCACAGCCCCUGUUCAAGUACUGUAACAGAUUGCGCUACAUCUCUUUGUCUAAUAAUAGCUUAUCUGGUCCCAUUCCUACUGAAAUAUCACAAUGUGGAAGGCUUGAGGGCUUCGACUUCUCGCUCAACGAUCUUACUGGGUCUUUGCCUACAGAGCUGGGCAACUGCCGAAGCUUGCGGUUGGUGGAUCUCGGGGGGAAUUCAUUUUCAGGGAGUCUUCCUCAAGUGCUUCUCAGUUUUAGUAAUCUGUCGCACUUGGCUGUAGAUGGAAAUUCUUUCACAGAAGGCCUACUUCCCGACAUUUUAACUUUGCAAAACCUGAAACAUUACAAUAUUUCCCAUAAUAGGCUUUCUGGGAAAAUUCCUGUAAUAACAAAUUGCAGUAGUUCUCUUAAGGAAAUUGAUCUGUCUGCAAAUAACUUUACAGGAGAAAUUCCUUCGAGUCUUACUUCAUGUAAAAGUCUCACAGUUCUUGAUUUAACCAACAAUAAGAUUACUGGUAACAUUCCUUCAGAGAUUGGAAAUUUGGCUUAUCUCGAGGUGCUCAGGCUGGGAGGAAAUAGUAUAAAUGGUUCAAUUCCGUCAGAGAUUGGAAACAUUGAGUUUCUUCAGAUUCUUGAUUUGCAUGGUCUGGAUCUCCAGGGUCCUAUACCGGCAGUACUUCCAAAUUGCAGAUUUCUUUUAGAGCUGGAUCUCUCGGACAACACUCUUGAUGGUCAUAUCCCUGAGAAGCUUUACAAUAUAACGUAUUUGAAUCUGCUGGAUCUUCAUAGUAACAAAAUAGAUGGCAGUAUUCCUUCAAAUAUUGGCACCCUCAGCAAAAUGAGAUAUCUUGAUUUGUCCGAUAACAAGUUGACUGGAAUGAUACCUCCUUCCCUGGGCAAUAUGGUGCAAUUAGGUUAUUUCAAUGUUUCAUUCAACAUGCUUCAGGGGCGUAUACCUAACAAUCCUGUAAUGCGUAGAUUUGGUAAGGUACCCUUUGUGAGGAAUGCAGGAUUAUGUGGGCCUCCAUUGGACACAAUUUGUGAAGGACCUGCAUCAGCACCAUCACCAAGUCUUUCUGGAGCUAAAAGAACAAGGCUAUUAAGCGUGUCUGCAAUCAUUGCCAUUGUGGCAGCUGCAGUUAUUGCUGUAGGCGUAUGCCUAAUUACAUUAAUUAAUGUGAGAACCCUUAGAAGAAAAAAGGCGGAAUUGCUUGUUUAUGAGAGCACGCCACCUUCUCCAGACUCGAACCUGAUCAUAGGAAAGCUUGUUCUCUUCAGCAAAAGCCUGCCAUCGAAGUAUGAAGACUGGGAGGCAGGGACCAAGGCCUUGCUUGACAAGAAAUGUUUGAUAGGAGGUGGUGCUAUUGGAACUGUGUAUAAAGCAUCUUUUGAUGGAGGACUGACUAUUGCAGUAAAGAAGCUGGAAAUAUUAGGCAGAAUCAAAGUCCAAGAAGAAUUUGAACAGGAGAUUGGUCGACUUGGCAACCUUCGACAUCCUAAUCUUGCCGCACUACAAGGAUACUAUUGGUCAUCAACCAUGCAACUUAUUUUAUCUGAUUUCAUUCCUAAUGGAAAUCUUUACCAUCAUUUGCAUGAAAGGCAUCCAGGGCAAUCACCCUUGUGUUGGGGCAGACGUUUUAAGAUUGCCUUGGGAACUGCUAAAGCACUUGCAUAUCUUCACCAUGACUGUAAGCCUCCAAUAUUACACUUUGAUAUCAAGUCGACAAAUAUUCUUGUUGAUGAUGAUUUUGAGCCUCACUUAUCAGAUUAUGGGCUUGGCAAGCUGCUGCCAAUGUUAGACUCUUAUAUAUCUGCUAGUAGGAAGUUUCAUACUGCUGUUGGCUAUGUUGCACCAGAACUUGCCUGCCAGAGCUUGAGCUCAAGCUUGUUAACAGAAAAAUGUGAUGUAUAUAGUUUUGGGGUGAUUCUGCUGGAGCUCAUAACAGGUCGGAGACCGGUUGAAAGUCCUGAUUCUGAGGUGAUAAUUCUUUGUGAGUAUGUGAGAUCUUCUCUUGAACGAGGGGAUGGAGCAGCAUGUAUUGAUCCAAAUUUGCUGCAGCAGCCUGACAAUGAGAUCAUGCAGGUCUUGAAAUUGGGGCUUAUUUGCACUGCCCAGACACCGUCCAGAAGGCCCAGCAUGGCAGAGGUCGUUCAGGUUCUUGAGUCAAUCAAACCCAAUUUAGAGUUGCAAUAAGUAAGAAAAUUUUAUUUGGAUUUUUGGGGGCUUGGAUUCAGCUUCCUGUAUAAAAUGCAGAAAGUAUUUUGAUUCUACGCAAAUUUUCAUUAAGAUUUUAGAUUUUUUUAUUAAUUUCAAUGUAAUUCCAUAUUUGUUCAAGAAUGAUAAAGAUUCCAUUUUUCUCA